CGCCAUCGCUCAUCCCUGAAGCUUGCAGAGCAAAAUGUUCCAUGCAUGUUUCUGGGUCGUACCCUUCUAUUGGGUGGCCUGCAUCGGCGUAUCACACACGGAGCGCUCUCCAAAUCAUUGAGCUUUCAUCCCAAGAGGAAGAACGGGUCUUCCUGCUAGAAAAGCCACCGGGAGAGAAGGGAAGGAGAAAGACCAGCACAUUGGGGCAGAUGAGGUCGCCCUCUCCUUUUCCCCUGUCCUUCUUGCGGGUGCUGGCCCUCGGCUACUUCUUGCAAGGAGCGAAUGCCGUCUCCUGCCCCGGAGGUUGGAUGGCCUACAACAACCACUGCUACGGGCUCUUCUAUGAAAAGCUGACCUGGAAGGCAGCAGAGGCCGAGUGCCAGGGCUACGGGAUCAACGGCCACCUUGCCUCCAUCCUUAGCUGGGCGGAGAACGAAGUUGUGUCGAGCCACAUCACCAAUAACCAUAAGAACAUAAAAUACGUCUGGAUAGGACUGCAUAACGUCAUGAGGAUGAAAGUGUUCAAAUGGACGGACCGUUCUCCAAAGAAGUACACGGCAUGGGCAGACUUUGAACCCGCUUAUUCUGUCUUAGCUAAGAGUAUAAGCAAUGGGCAUCCGUCAAAUGUGACGAAAAGGCCUCCUACCUCUGCAAGUUCACCUCUACGUGAGAAAUCUGAAUUAAGUCCCUGGUUGCGGCUCUUCAGCAGAUGGUUGACCCCAAGUUGGUUUUCCAUCCCAAGUCCUUCACCAUCAUGACCUGCCCAACGUGCUACCAGUUCGAAUUCUCCAAGGAGUAAAGUUUCUCAGGCCACACAUCUGUCUCCUGCUCCUUUAUGAUCACCUUGAAUUGGGGCUCUGUCGUCUUAGAACUGUAGGGCGGAAAGGCCCCUCCAGCCAGGAAUCGAACUCCCAACCU